UACUCCCACUUCACAAGCAUGGACCGCCGAACACUGCUACUGGUUACCCUGUUGAGCGUUGUUACCGUCGCUGUCGCCAAACCUCAUUUCGAGGCCGCGGCGACGCACGACCAUGGCCACUGCAUGAUGGACGGCAUCAAGAUACAGCACGGGGACGAGUUCACCACCAAGAUGAGCGGCCCCUGCAUCGUAUACAUCUGUGAACACGGAGGAUACCAUCCUAUUCGUUUCGCUUGCGAGGACCAGAGCGGCACUUGUCGCCCCGAGGGCUACAUCCGCACCAUCGGCUGUUCCCGGCAACAGUGCAUCAAGAGCAAUUUCAACAUCGGCUUCCGCAAUCUCCAGGAAGCGUGUCAGGCCCGGGACGGGUCCUGUGUUGAUAUCGGAGGUGUGUGGACCCACAGUUGCCUCACGUACAGAUGCAUCAAAGUGCUCUUGGGCACACAAGAAUUCCCCGAUCUUCAACUCUCCAGCUGGGGCUGCCCCAGAAACGACCAGUGCAUACCUGCCAACGCUACCACUAUGGACGGAUGUUCUAUAAUAAAGUGUGAACAGAGGGGACAGUACUAUGGGUUGUAUCCACAGAAGCACGGAUGUCGCCACGACGGAUCAUGUCAUGAUGUCGGCAGCAGAUGGACGGUAGACUGCAACACCUACACCUGCCACGCCCUUGACAACCCCAACGGCGUUACAACAUUGUCGGUAGAAAACGUGGAUGCCAAGUGCAAAGAUGUUCAUGGAUCCUGCCACGCUCCCGGAGACUCAUUCGAGUUCGACAUAGCUGGCACCGUGUGGCCGCACUGCACCUGCGCAGUCAACGGACCAACUAUAGACUACAGCUGUCAUUCCUAAACGCCGUCGCUUGACAUAAUAUAAGGCCAACGUGACCUCUCAGAGUCCAUUCCAAUUCCUUAUAGUAUAAAGAAAUGUUAAUAUUCAUCAUCCGAUCUGUGAUGUGUGACAACGGAUUAGACGGCAGGACAAGUAAUGUAAUAAAUAUAUUAAAGUCAGAUUAAA